GCGUUGAAUGCCAUAAAUCCGUUUCUUUUCACAUUCGCUACUUUGACCGGCCAUGUGGUUCGCGCCUACAAAUGCUAUACCGCUGUAAUGGACAACGGUCCAGCGCGCAAGCACAAUGUCGCAAGGGACCUCCAGAGGGCGGGUGAUCAAAUCUCUGAUAUGGUUGAGGUGUCAACGUUACGCCGAGAGGACUACGAGGUCGUUAAAGGCCAUACUGAGUAUGAGGACCUCCUUCAGUGCAACAACCUUCCGAGUUCUGAGACUCCUCGCGGGCACCAGUUUCCUGCGGCCUUUAUGAUUAUCGCUAGUGGCUUGGACGAGCACGGCUUGGGAUGCGACAAGAAGCAGUUGCCGUACACGCAUCUGGACAUCGCGGGCAGCGCUGGUCUCAUCGACACUCUAGCGACGGGUUCACCGUUGAUGAUGUUUACCAGCAUGUACGUCCUCCCUCGUCUCUGA